GCUUAAAAUGUUAAUUCGCUGUUCAAAGUCGUUAAUUCUAGAGUUCUCUUCUCUGCUUUCUUAUACAGCCCGAGCAGACAGAGAGACGGAUACCUAGUCGACCCCUUCAAACCCUAGAGGACUGUUACUGUCCGACAAUUGAUCGAAACCCCUAUCUCCACCGUUACUUAAUUCUUGUUCUCGACGAACAGCACUCGUGGUUGACAGUUUUGAUCUUGCAACGGAGAAGCUAGCAGAUGGAGGAUUGGGAGGAUGAACAAAUUCCACCUCUCCUUUUAAAGGAGCAACCUAAAAGCAAAUGGGACGAUGAAGACGUGGAUGACAAUGAUGUGAAAGAAUCAUGGGAGGAUGAAGAUGAACCAGCUCCGGCACCUGUAACACAGCCUCCUCCUGAAAAACCCUCUAAGAAACCCGUGACAAAAUCUACAGAGAAGAAAGGGAAAACUGUUGAAGUAGCAAAGGAAGAGCCUGAACUUCUAGAUCCUGUUGCUCAGAAACUUCGCCAACAACGGCUAGAAGAAGAAGCUGAUUACAAAUCUACUACAGAACUGUUUGCUAAGAGAGAUGAUGAGAAGACGCUUGAUAAUUUCAUUCCCAAAUCAGAGAGUGAUUUUAUGGAAUAUGCAGAACUUAUUUCACAUAAGCUUCGCCCAUAUGAGAAAAGUUUUCAUUAUAUUGGUUUGCUCAAGGCGGUCAUGAGACUGUCAAUGACUACACUGAGAGCGGCAGAUGCAAAAGAUGUUGCAUCUUCUGUAACAGCAAUUGCAAAUGAAAAGCUGAAAGCAGAGAAAGAAGCCAAUGCUGGUAAAAAGAAGACAGGAGGGAAAAAGAAACAGCUCCAUGUUGAUAAGCCAGAUGAUGAUUUAGUGGUGGAUACAUACGAUGCUCUCGAUGACUAUGACUUCAUGUGAUCUAUUUUGAAGAUAAUAUUAUUUUUGCUUUAGGCUUCGGCUGUUUUUCCCGUUUGCUCAUUUACACCGUGAUUGAUUUUUAUGUUGUAAACCAUCUGAGAGGAUAACAUGAGCUUUCACCUUUGUUUUCAACUGUUGGGUUAAACCUUGAAACUACAAGCAAAGAGAAUGAUUUUAUAUUCAUUGGUUGUCAGUAAAAGUUGAAAUAAAGAGUGAUUGGCGGAAUUCUAAUUUA